GAGAGACCAGUCCCUGGAAAAGAGCAUGAUGCUUGCUAAAGUGGAAGGACAGUGAGAAAAGAGGAAGGUCCUCCAAAGAUGGCUUGACCCAGCGGCCCACAAUGGGGUGGAACAGGACCAUGAGUGUGAGCACGGGCAGGACCAGGCCGUGUUUCCUUCUGUUGUACACAGGACCUCUCUGAGUCGGAACUGACUGACUUGAGGGCACCUAAUGACAGCAAUAAACACCUGUUAACCACGGUUUCCAGGGCGAUUUGACUGUCCUGGCUGGUGAGAUGUGCCACUCCCCUCCGCUCCCCCAUCCCUCUUGGAGCUUCCUGCUUGCUCAUGGUGUGUGAGGUGCUGCACUGCCCGCCGGGGGCGCAUCAGGGGCUCUCGGCAUCCACUGGAGGGACCUGCAGGAUGGUUUUGCUUGUUGGUUUGUUUCCCUCGCUUAUGUUUCUUUGUUCAAACUAGAGCAAAUUUAUGAUUCAAAUUUGUGAAUGUUUCAUGAACACUAGGUAUCACUAAAACUUUUUAGUCCUCCCUUUAAAAAUAUUUGGUCUUACGUUGAUAUUAUGCACAGUCUCAGUUUAUUUUCUGCUUUUAAUAGAACAAGUUGAAAUCAUCGCAGAAGGAUAAAGUUCGUCAGUUUAUGAUCUUCACACAAUCUAGCGAAAAAACAGCAGUAAGUUGUCUGUCUCAAAAUGACUGGAAGUUAGAUGUUGCAACAGACAAUUUUUUCCAAAAUCCUGAACUUUAUAUACGAGAGAGUGUAAAAGGAUCAUUGGAUAGGAAGAAGUUAGAACAACUGUACAAUAGAUACAAAGAUCCUCAAGAUGAAAAUAAAAUUGGAAUAGAUGGUAUCCAGCAGUUCUGUGAUGACCUGGCACUCGAUCCAGCCAGCAUCAGUGUGUUGAUCAUUGCGUGGAAAUUCAGAGCAGCCACGCAGUGCGAGUUCUCUAAACAGGAGUUCUUGGACGGCAUGACAGAACUAGGAUGUGACAGCAUAGAAAAACUAAAGGCCCAGAUACCCAAGAUGGAACAAGAAUUGAAAGAACCAGGACGAUUUAAGGAUUUUUACCAGUUUACUUUUAAUUUUGCAAAGAAUCCAGGACAAAAAGGAUUAGAUCUAGAAAUGGCGAUUGCCUACUGGAAUUUAGUACUUAAUGGAAGAUUUAAAUUCUUAGACUUAUGGAAUAAAUUUUUGUUGGAACACCAUAAACGAUCAAUACCGAAAGAUACUUGGAAUCUCCUCUUAGACUUCAGUACAAUGAUUGCAGAUGACAUGUCUAAUUAUGAUGAAGAAGGAGCCUGGCCUGUUCUUAUUGAUGACUUUGUGGAAUUUGCACGCCCUCAAAUUGCUGGGACAAAAAGUACAACAGUGUAGCACUAACGGAACUUUCUAGAAUGUACAUAGUCUGUACAAUAAAUACAACGGAAAAUUGCACAGUCAAUUUCUGCUGGCUGGACUGAACUGAAGAUCAAUCCUCACAAAUGCAGUCUGAGGGUUGAGACAAAACUUUAAGGAUAUAUCUUGGACCAUAUCGUAUUUCAUUCUUCUAAUGGUGGUUUGGGCUUGUCUUCUAGUCUGGGCCGCUCUGACCAUUUAUAAUCCCAACAUUGUGGAGCUCCUCUUCUAUCUGUGGACCACCCUAGUUCACUCUCCCGUAAGUCUUAGAAGCCUGAUGGUGAUGAUUUUGAGGUUUCCAUUCUCGCAUAAAGCACAAAGCUGUCUUCACCAGAAAACAGUUUGGCCUAAGAAUUAAACGUGAACAUCACAAACAAUUUAUAAAAACUUCCUUAAAUAUAUGCUUUGGGCUAGUUGCAAAGACUAUGCUAUUAGCACUUCCAAUGAGUGUAAGUGUACCGGAUCUGAAAUGGUGUUUUGGUUUGGGGGAAACCCCCCCCCCCCCUUCCUCAGAUCACAUGUAUUAUUGACGUGAAUAGAGUGAUGGGAAAAAAAUGUCAAAAUUACUGACGUGGAAAAAAUUUUACUAUAACCUGGUGCCUACCUGACAAGUUUAUUGUGCUUCAGCCCCUAAUUUCCAAAGGUCCCACUGAAGUAGUCUGCGCUUACCCCCCUUCCCCUUGUUUAUAUUGAGUUGUUUCACAGGGAGCUUUGAUUUAGAAAAGGCCCGCAUAAUGUCAGACUUCACUCCUUUCUACAUUAUGCAUCUACACGAUUGGAUCUCAUGAUGAUUUUUGAAAUGCUUCUAUGCCUGUCAAAUAAGUUAAAAUAUUUCAUUUGUUUUGAAUGUUUUAGUUUGCUACACAAUACAAUAUUCUAAAUAUAGGCAUGAGGCUUAUUUUUAACUUUUAAUUUUUUGCUUUUUGGUCAUCGCACUAUAGAACACAAAUGAGAUUCCCUUAAUUUAUAAGAAGACAGUAGGAAUUAACUUUUGAAAAUGGUUGUGAUGAGCCAUGAAGUUCAAUCUUUAUAAUACAGGUACUGCUCUUUCAGACAAAUAGUCCAUUUUUUAAAAAUAGUCCAUUUUUGAUGACUUCUUAUAUUGUUGAAAUUGCUUUAACUGCUAAUCACUGUGGUUGCCAACUGUGUACUUGAGGAGCAAAAAUUUUCAGGCACAUGUGUACACUUAAUGCAAAGAUAUCAAUCUGGCUUCUGUUUGCGUAAGUUAUUUAAUCUCUUAUAAUUGGUUUUGUUUCAUUCAAAUUAGCACAAGUUUCACAUCAUAGCGGAAUGUUAUCUGUUAUUUUUUCAUGACGAGACCGGGAACUGCGUUUCAUGCGGACCGUGCUUGUUUCUCCGUUCACUAUCAGAACAGCGAGGAAGGGUUAUCGCUGUCUUACAAUAAGCAUUUCCAUAAUGCAAGUUAAAAAAGCUAAAAUUCAAGUGCUGCACGACUCUGGUCUGUAGUUGGGUUGAAUUUUGCGUGGUACAUCCACGUACUGCAGAGUCUGGUUUUUAAAUUAGCAAAGGAAUGUACUCCCGGAUCACAGUCAUUUUAUGCGAAUGUGGAAAUGAUUUUAAGAAACAAUGACAUACAUGAUUUACUUACAUGAUUUUGAAAUGGACUAGAACACUUUCCCCUUAGAUAGUAUAUUAAUAUUUCAAUCAUAUCUUUAAUUGAAUACAGUUCUACCAAAAGUUUGAAAAUGUCUAUUCAGGUUACUGGAAUUGGUUAUUUAAAAAAAAAGGAAGAAAAAAAGGAGGAUCCUGCUGCUUUCAGUAUUUCCUGAAUUCAUUUUUGUAAAUAAAAAGAGGAACUUCAA